AGAAGGGAGAACACACAGUGUGAGUGUUAAUGUGUCUCAGCUCUGGGAGAACAACAGGCUGCCUGAAAGUUGACAAACUUGUUUGUUAGGUGUGACAACCCAGCGAGGGAGGAAGCCAUUGGUGUGCAUGGAUUAGGUGUACAGAAACAGCUCUGCCAUUGUCUCCUAUGGAAGAAAAUCAGGGGCCCCACUAGCUGGGUCCCAGAAAAGAAGGAGGAAGAAGAGGUAGUGGGGGAGGUACGACCGGCUCCUAUCCCCUCUCAGCAUGGAUACAGAUUAUGAGUCGACCUAUGAGGACGAUUCCCAAGUGCCAAAUGAUGAUGUGGUUCCGUACAGCGAUGAUGAAACAGAUGAUGAACUGGACAGCCCCCAGACUGAUGAGCCUGAGCAGAACAGGAGAAAUGUACAGGCAGAGCAGAGCCGGGAACCUGUAAUUAAAGAAUGUACCUGGCAAGUAAAAGCAAAUGAUCGGAAUUUCUAUGAUCAGCCAGAAUUCAAGAAGAAAGUGUUCCUGUGCCUUAAGAAAAGCAAAUAUGCAGGAAAUGCAAUCAAGACCUACAAAUACAACCCGAUCACCUUCCUGCCAGUUAAUUUAUAUGAACAAUUCAAAAGAGCUGCCAAUGCCUAUUUCUUGGUGUUACUCAUCCUUCAGACCAUUCCCCAAAUAUCCACUGUCACAUGGUCAACCACCUUGAUUCCUCUGCUGCUGGUGCUGGGAAUAACUGCUAUCAAAGAUCUCGUGGAUGACAUUGCCCGGCAUAAAAUGGACAACGAAAUAAACAACCGCCCUUCUGAAGUUAUUACAGAUGGAAGGUUUAAAAAGACAAAGUGGAAGCAUAUUCAUGUUGGAGACAUCAUACGUAUUAACAAAAAUGAAUUUGUUCCUGCAGAUGUACUGUUGCUGUCGAGCUCAGAUCCCAACAGCUUGUGCUAUGUAGAGACUGCAGAGCUGGACGGGGAGACAAACUUGAAAUUUAAAAUGUCACUGGAAAUAACAGACAAACUUCUCCAAAAAGAAGAACAAUUGGCAGGGUUUGAUGGUUUGGUAGAAUGCGAGGAACCGAAUAAUCGAUUGGAUAAAUUUGUUGGGACCUUGUUCUGGAGAGGCAAUAGCUUUGGGCUUGAUGCUGAUAAAAUUCUGCUUCGAGGGUGCACUGUCAGAAAUACAGAGUACUGCCAUGGACUGGUCUUAUUUGCAGGCGCUGAUACCAAGAUUAUGAGAAACAGUGGGAAAACCAGAUUGAAGAGAACAAAAAUUGACUAUCUCAUGAAUUACAUGGUUUACACGAUAUUUGUUCUUCUAAUCUUGGCUGCUGCUGGACUUGCCAUAGGACAAACAUUUUGGGAAGCAAAGCUAGGUGCCGCUAAUGUUUCCUGGUAUCUCUAUGAUGGGAACAACUAUAGUCCCUCAUAUCGAGGAUUUCUUGCCUUUUGGGGUUACAUCAUUGUACUGAACACCAUGGUGCCCAUUUCUCUUUAUGUAAGUGUUGAAGUGAUUCGUUUGGGUCAGAGUUACUUUAUCAACUGGGACCUGCAGAUGUACUUCUCUCCUAAGGACACGCCAGCCAAAGCCAGGACGACAACCCUGAAUGAGCAGCUUGGUCAGAUCCAAUAUAUCUUCUCCGAUAAGACUGGGACAUUGACACAGAACAUUAUGACAUUUAAAAAAUGCACAAUUAAUGGAACCACUUAUGGAGACGAUGACGAUGAACUCAAGUCUGGCCAAACUAAACAGGUGGACUUCAGUUGGAAUCCUUUGGCUGAUCCAAGCUUCACAUUCCAUGACAACUAUCUGAUUGAGCAAAUACGGGCAGGAAAAGACAAAGACGUUUAUGAGUUCUUCAAGUUACUUGCUCUGUGCCACACUGUGAUGGCUGAGAAGACAGAUGGGGAACUGAUCUACCAGGCCGCAUCUCCAGAUGAGGGUGCUUUGGUUACAGCAGCCAGGAACUUUGGUUUUGUAUUCCUGUCUAGAACCCAGAGUACAAUCACUAUUAGUGAACUGGGGCAAGAGAAGACUUACGAGGUUCUGGCCAUCCUGGAUUUUAAUAGUGACCGAAAACGAAUGUCUAUAAUAGUGCGUCAGCCAGAUGGCAGAAUCCGCCUUUACUGCAAAGGGGCAGAUACUGUGAUAUAUGAACGUCUACAUCCAGAUAAUCCUAUCAAAGAUCAGACACAGAAGGCACUUGACAUUUUUGCUAAUGCCAGCCUGAGGACCCUCUGCCUUUGCUACAAAGACAUUAACAAAGGGGACUUUGAGAACUGGAGCAAGAAAUACAAACAAGCCAGUGUAGCUACAAGCAAUCGUGAUGAAGCGCUGGAUAGAGUAUAUGAAGCGAUUGAAACAGACUUAAAGCUAUUGGGAGCUACGGCUAUUGAGGACAAGUUGCAGGAUGAUGUGAGCGGCACAAUCUUUAACCUGGCCCGCGCUGAUAUAAAGAUCUGGGUUCUGACUGGGGAUAAAAAAGAAACUGCGGAGAACAUUGGAUAUUCUUGCAAACUCUUAGAUGAUGACACUGAAAUCCUCUAUGGAGAAGAUAUCAAUGUUCACUUACAAACCCGAAUGGAAAAUCAGAGAAACCAAAUGAGUGGGAAUCAAGGAGCUCAAAGUAACCAAUCGGGGGCCUUUUUACCUACUGACAAGAAACAUGCACUAAUUAUAACAGGUUCCUGGCUGAAUGAAAUUCUUCUUGAAAAAAAGAAAAGGAAAAAGAAACGUCUAAAGCUAAAAUUUCCCAGGACCAAAGAGGAGAAAGAGCAGCAGCUGCAUGAGAAGCUGAAGGCCUAUGCACUAAAAGAGCAGAGACAGAGGAGCUUUGUUGACCUGGCCUGUGAGUGCAGCGCCGUUAUCUGCUGUCGAGUGACGCCCAAGCAAAAGGCCAUGGUAGUCGAUCUGGUGAAAAGAUACAAGAAAGCGGUUACGUUGGCUAUUGGAGAUGGUGCAAAUGAUGUUAACAUGAUUAAGACUGCCCAUAUUGGCGUUGGUAUAAGCGGACAGGAAGGAAUGCAAGCCGUUAUGUCCAGCGACUACUCGUUCGCCCAAUUCAGAUACCUCCAAAGACUUCUACUGGUUCAUGGCCGCUGGUCGUAUAUCCGCAUGUGCAAAUUCCUACGCUAUUUCUUCUACAAGAAUUUCUCGUUUACAUUGGUUCACUUCUGGUACUCUUUCUUCAAUGGAUUUUCAGCCCAGACAGUUUAUGAGGAUUGGUUCAUAACACUCUACAACGUUCUGUACUCCAGUCUUCCUGUGCUCCUGGUUGGUCUGUUGGAUCAGGAUGUCAGUGACAAGCUCAGCCUUGCGUUUCCCCGUCUGUACGUCCCCGGACAAAAAGAUUUGCUAUUCAAUUACAAGAAGUUUUUUUUGAGUCUGUUUCAUGGGAUUGUCACAUCGCUCAUUAUAUUCUUCAUUCCGUAUGGAGCCUUCCUGUUAACCAUGGGACAAGAUGGAGAAGCACCUUCUGAUUACCAAUCGUUUGCAGUCACGACUGCCACGGCUCUCGUCAUAACUGUCAAUUUCCAGAUUGGGUUAGACACGUCGUACUGGACAUUUGUCAAUGCGUUUUCAAUCUUUGGAAGUAUAGCCAUUUACUUUGGCAUAAUGUUCGAUCUCCACAGUGCCGGAAUCCAUGUUCUCUUUCCAUCGAUGUUCAUCUUUACAGGUGCUGCUCCAAAUGCUUUGAGGCAACCGUAUCUUUGGCUCACUAUAAUCCUUACAGUCGCCUUCUGCCUACUGCCAAUAGUGGCAUUACGGUUCUUGGCAAAGACAAUUUGGCCUUCAGAAAGUGAUAAGAUUCAAAAGAAAGGCAAAAAAUUCAAAGCUGAAGUCGAACAGAGGGCAAAACCCAAACCCUUUGCACGUGGUGUGUCUACUCGCCGCUCAGCUUACGCCUUCUCCCACCAGCGAGGAUACGCCGACCUCAUUUCCUCAGGACGCAGCAUUCGGAAAAAGCGAGCAUCCUUGGACGCCGUGUUUGACAACUAUCCUGCCCAAAUCACUCACUUCACUCCGCAAACUUGAUUUACACUUUUACCCAAACUGGGUUUUAUUUUUAUACCCGUAUAAUUGCACAUGUGAAAUGGUAUGUUAUUUUUUUUUUUAAGGAAAAAGCCUUUCCCUCAGGAUUUUUUAAAGCAAGGUUACAUUUAAUAGAAUGACAUUUUUCUACAUCUACAGACAAAUAUUCAUUUUUCUCAAGGGCUUGAUAGGACGGCAGACUUGAAGUGCACGUGGAAUAUAAUCUAGCACUAAUAUGAGGAUCUCGUGGGCAUAAGAAGAUAUGGGUGACUAUAUUAUGUACUGUUGAACCACUAAAGAGAGUCCAGAGACCACUUGGACAGGGUUUGUACUAAAUGUGGCCUUCCUUGCCGUGGACACUUUGUGUGGACUUCAAAAACCUGUGAAAUUUUCGUUUACUCUUCCGCCGUUGCUUAUUUAAUGUUGUUAAUAAAUUGUAGUUAAGGUAUGUCGGUUUUUUUCUACUGAAGAAAUGGUUCUUUUGUGCCAGAAAACAUUUUAUCUAAAUUCUAAAUGGUCUGAGAAGCCUUUUUUUAAAAAAAAUGUUAUCUUCGUUGGAAAUUCUUUUUAUUUUUAGCUCCCUAUUGCAGACGGACACAUGGCGUAUUUAUUCCUAUAAUGCAAUGGAUAUACCGAAACACACGAGCCACUGAAAACUUACACUGAACUGUGAGAAACUGGUUAAAACAUGUAGUAAAAUAAAAAUUGCUGGGAUGCUUGGUAGUUUUGUAUGAAAAGUGCUCUCCCUUCCCCUGCCAACAGUAAGUGGCAUUAGUUCCAGAGAGACUGAAAUCUGUAACACCGCAACACUGCCCUUAAUGCAAGAUUUACAGGAUGGCUUCAUUAUUUUUAAAGUUUUAUCUUAAUGUACAAAAAUCUAUUUUAUUUAAAAAUAAAAGCGAAA